AUGUGGGUGGCGCAGGUCGUCAGCUGUCAGACGUGGGAACUACAAUGCCCGGCAUCCUGUGCGGCCUACCCGCCUGACCCUCAACCUGACGCGUGCGGUGCGCUCCCGCCUCCUGAGCUCUCCUCGCGCUGUGUGUGUCCGCCGCGCGCUCCAGCCAGCAGUUCCCGUGCAGAGGGGAGACCGCCGAACGCCGACAUGUCGGGUGACGACGAGCAGCAGGAGCAGACCAUCGCCGAAGACCUGGUGGUCACCAAAUACAAGAUGGGGGGCGACAUCGCCAACAGGGUCCUUCGUACAUUAGUGGAGGCAGCUACUGCAGAGGCUUCCAUCCUAAGCCUCUGUGAAAAGGGAGAUGCUAUGAUAAUGGAGGAAACUGGCAAAAUUUUCAAAAAGGAGAAGGAAAUGAAAAAAGGCAUUGCCUUUCCAACAAGUAUAUCUGUUAAUAACUGUGUGUGCCACUUCUCCCCAUUGAAGAGUGACCAAGAUUAUCUUCUAAAGAAUGGUGAUCUAGUGAAGAUUGACUUGGGAGUCCAUGUAGAUGGCUUCAUUGCUAAUGUUGCCCACAGCUUUGUUGUUGGUGCCACCAAGGAGUCUCCGGUGACUGGCCGUAAAGCAGAUGUUAUUAAGGCUGCUCACCUCUGUGCAGAAGCUGCUCUCCGCCUGGUGAAGCCAGGAAAUCAGAACACACAAGUAACUGAAGCAUGGAACAAGAUUGCUCCUUCUUUUAACUGUAAUCCAAUUGAAGGAAUGCUUUCACAUCAGUUAAAACAACAUGUCAUUGAUGGAGAGAAGACCAUCAUUCAAAACCCUACUGACCAGCAAAAGAAGGACCAUGAAAAGGCAGAAUUUGAAGUUCAUGAAGUUUAUGCUAUUGAUGUUCUUAUUAGCACUGGGGAGGGAAAGGCUAAGGAUGCUGGACAGAGAACAACAAUUUACAAAAGGGACCCAACUAAGCAGUACGGACUGAAGAUGAAAACCUCUCGUGCCUUUUUCAGUGAAGUUGAGAGACGUUUUGGUGCCAUGCCAUUCACUCUUAGGGCGUUUGAAGAUGAAAAGAAAAGGCAAGAAUGGGUGUGGUGGAAUGUGCAAAGCAUGAAAUUGCUCCAAACCGUUCAAUGUACUUCUAUGAAAAAGAAGUGAGAUUGCAAACUACAUUUUUUAUGUGGUAUGUUUUUGUAUCCUUGCAUAAUGG